AUGGAGCAGGACCCAGCAUCACUGCUUCAGACGCCGGAACAAUGGCCCCUCUGGUCAGAGGUAGAUGCACCCUUCGCCGACUACGUCACCGCCAACGAGCUCCAGGCACACGCUCUACAAAACCACGAGGCCAUCAUGUCAGAUCCCUACUGUCUGCAGCCGACACCAGACGUCAUGCUCGCCAACAGUCCGCCUUCGGCGCCUCCAGGCUCUGCCGCCGUCCGUGACCUCGGGGUCGGCCUCGGGUGGUGGUGCAUGGACCUGGUUGCCGAAGACUCGAACUCCAUGGCGUCCUACGGCGGCUGGAACGGAUAUAAUCCCCACUCUUGUUCCGCGACUAAGGAGAUUGCGGAGCCACCCCGCCUCCCGCUCCUUGACGAUAGCGCUCUAGUCUCGGCACCGCUAAUUACAACAACGCAACCAUUAAGAAUAUCGCACAAGAGCUCCAACCCUCCACCACCUGCCAAGGAGGCUGUCGCUGGGCCAAGCAUCUUGCAGGCUUCCGCACAGGCCCGAAUCAAUUGUGGUGACAUCCUUGCAACUGAUGAAGGACGCCCGCAGCACCCAGGAAAGAAGCGGUCGCACUCCGUCAUCCCCAACGUUUCCCCCUCUUCGGACACCGCAGGCGGCCCCACACCUUCGGCCCCACCCAUACGUCUCUCUCGUCCACUGAAACGAGCCGCCUCUGUGGGCCCGUCGCGGGAGCAACUCUUGUCCAAGAUGCCCUCCGUUGCCGCAGCACCUAGGGGGCGCGGGGACAACGCCCCCUCUACCAGUGCGAAACGUCAGCAACGGAGGCGAGGGGACUUGACGACACAGUCAGGCACCAAAACCGACGUGACGAAGACUUCCAUUCCAGUCAGCGAGUAUCAGCAGCACGUGAUGAACCUGAUUGAGGCCAUCAAAAAUAGAAGCGGUGUAGAAGAUGAAGUGUCUUGUUGUAGAGAAAGAGAAGGCAAUGCCUGA